CCCUCCGGUUAAUUCGUUGAGGCAGAAGAGAAGGAAGACGAGAGGGUUGCCGAUGGAGUUGUGAGAGCCUAUAGUGCGUUGGCGAUUAGGGCUCGUGCUGCGGGCCCAAUACAAACUUCGACGGGCGGAGGAAAUGGCCGCAUUGGAAGCUCUGGAUGCGCUCUUGGCCGCGGCGAGCAGAGCUUGCUGCAGCCCCCUCGCCAUCUUCAUCCAGAUCCAGGGUUGUGUAAUCUGUUUAACCCUUGCUCUUGGAUGGGCCUGUGCUGCCUAUAUCAGGAAUAAAGUUAUCCGGCGCAUGAAGCUUAAUAUUGUGAAUGGCAAUAGUUUUGCAUUCAUCUGUGAAGAUGUUAAUGAUCUCGAGCACUCUGCUCAGGUGAACUUGCCAAGAGUGUCGGUUAUCAUGCCUCUGAAAGGCUUUGGAGAACACAACUUGCAAAAUUGGAGAAGUCAAAUCACUUCACUCUAUGGAGGACCUCUCGAGUUUCUUUUUAUAGUUGAAAGUACUGAUGAUCCAGCUUACCGUGCUGUGUCUUUGCUCAUUUCAGAUUUUCAGGACAACAUUGAUGCAAAGGUUAUUGUAGCUGGUUUGUCAACAACAUGCAGUCAGAAGAUUCAUAAUCAGUUAGUUGGUGUGGAAAGAAUGCAUAAAGAGAGCAAGUACGUGUUGUUCCUGGAUGAUGAUGUUAGGCUCCAUCCUGGAUCAAUAGGAGCCCUUACAUCAGAAAUGGAGAAAAAUCCUGAGAUUUUCAUUCAAACAGGUUAUCCUCUUGAUUUGCCCUCAGGAAACUUAGGAAGCUACUGCAUAUAUGAAUAUCACAUGCCUUGCUCCAUGGGAUUUGCAACCGGAGGAAGGACUGUCUUUCUGUGGGGAGGCUGCAUGAUGAUGCAUGCUGAAGACUUUAGGAAAGACUUAUAUGGAGUUGUGAGUGGGCUUCAAGAUGGUGGAUACUCGGAUGACAUGACCCUGGCAGCCAUUGCUGGGCAACAUAAGAGGCUUAUUUGGUCACCACCAGUUGCUGUCUUCCCCCACCCUCUUGCAAGGGACCUUAGCUUCUCGAGAUACUGGAAUUACCUAAGAAAGCAAACAUUUGUUCUUGAAUCCUACAUAUCGAGGGUUAACUGGCUGAUGAACCGUGCCUUGUUUUCUUCACAUUGCUAUUUAUCCUGGGGAUUUGUUUGGCCAUAUUUUAUGGCACUGAUACAUCUUGCAGCAGCCUUAAGAGCACCAUAUAGUGGUUCUAGAUCUGAGGCAUCUGCCUCAUCUUGUGGCUUGUUGCUGGUUAGCUGCUUGCUUGUAUCUACUAUUAUAGAACUCCUUUCAAUGUGGAACUUGACUAAGGUGGAGAUCCAAUUAUGCAAUAUGUUAUCUCCAGAAGGGCCAACAGUCUCACUUGGUUCUUAUGAUUGGAGACUUGUAUUUCUUGCUAUGCUUGUGGAUAACUUCUUGUACCCCAUCUCUGCAAUUCGUUCACAUUUUUCACAAUCGAUAAAUUGGUCCGGUGUCCGAUACCACUUGAAGAAUGGGAAAAUAAGCAAGAUUGAAAGAUCCAUGGGAAAUGGUCCAACCUACUCUGAUCUUGCAUGGAAGCAUCUGUAUGGAAAAAAGCAGUUCACUCCUAAAUCUUCAUUUCUCAGCUCUUUGUCAAGAAGUAUUGUUCAUUGGCGCCAACCAAAGAAGUACGAUAUCUAAUUAGAUCAAUAUGCUGCAAAAUAGACUCCAGUUCUCCUUCCUUUUCAUGCACUGCAUUGUACUUAUUUUCCUUUCUUCAUCCUCUUUAGGCUUUUAAGAUCUGAUUUAACCUAUUGACUCUUAUGGUGUCUGGUCAUGCUCACCAUGGAGAGUUUGUAAUGUUUGCUGCAUGUAUUAUUUAUAGGAACAUUCAUUUAAGACAAAAUUGUAUGAUCUUUUCCCUCUUUUAUUUCAUCUUAUUGACUAAUCA